AUGUAUAUGGUUAAGGGUGCAGCUUACGCUCAUACAGUUCCUGAGUAUAACCGCUACAUGGACUUCAUUCGAGCUGCAAAACCUGAGUUGGCAACUUACCUAGAGGAAGCAGAUCCGAAAUUGUGGUCUAGAGUUCAUUUUCCCGGUGAUAGAUACAACAUAAAGACGAGUAACAUCGCCAAAUCAAUUAACUCGGCUGUUCAGAAGGCAAAAGGAUAUCCCAUUCCAAAGCUUUUGGAAUUUAUAAGGGAGAAGCUUGGGAGAUGGUUUACCAAGAGGCGUGAGGAUGCUAUGAGUCUCACAACUACCCACAGCAGAGGAGUUGAGUACAUUUUAGCUGUGCGUUCAGAUUAUGCGGCAAGUAUGACCGCUGAACGCAUAGACACUUGGUGUUAUCACAUAACGGGAGGAAAACGUGAUUGCAAUGUCGACUUGUUCCGCAGAACGUGCUCUUGUGGGGUGUAUGAUGUUGAGAAAAUUCCUUGUACUCAUGUCAUUGCAGCCGCAGCCGCAUCAAACGUACUAAUGUCCCAUUACGUGUGCGAUUCUCAUUCUAAACUUUGCUUGUAUUCAACCUGUGCACAUCUGAUCUAUCCUAAGGCGGGAUCUGACUCACACGUAAAGAAACAACCGUGUUUGAUUCCAGUUGAAAAGGUCCCUCCUGGUAGGAAGAAGAAGUCGAGGUGGCUAACUUGGCUAGAAAUGUCGAGGAAGAAAAACAAUAAACCGAGGAAGAUGCACAAGAAGUACAGCUGCUCUAAGUGUGGGGAAGCAGGACAUACUCGCCCAAAAUGCGUGCUCUCUAGCUUUGGGAAUGGAAUGGUUUGGACUUGGGGCUGGAGGAGCGUAUUUAUAGGAGUUCAGGAGGCUGCCUGGCUUCUUGGGACGUCUCCAGUCAUGCGCAGACACAUGGAGACCUAG